ACAACAGAGUAGAAACAAGUCGGGAGUAACCACACCCCUCUUUCUCUGGUAUUUAUUUGUAUAUAAGAGUUUUGGAUAUAUAUUACUCGUGUAGGAAGAUGAAUCCAGGAAAGAAAUCACCAAGCAUGGGGACACCAUCAAUGUACUCCCAUGUAACCACAAGAUCUUCAGCAAACCUCAAGUCUACUCGAUCCAUGCGUUCUGUGCGCUUGCCUUGGUAUCAACGCCCAAUACUCACAGAUGCUUACUUUCUUGAUAUACAGCGUGGCUCAUUAUUUUUCUCUGUCUACUCUCUGUUACUGAGUAUUUUCACUGUGAUGACGGCAGUGUUUGACCUUUACUCCUUGGGGAUGGCAGCUCCUGGAUCUACUCACUAUGGGUUUUACUUUAUCAGUUAUCAGUUUGUCUACGUUGGAAACAGAUAUGUAAGGAAUAUUCUGAUUCUCUUUGCUCUGUUCUCACUGAUAGCUGCCAUGGCAGUUUUUGUGUCCAGUAUUUUACUCAUUAUUGCUCUACGGAAGGAGUAUGAACACAAAAUACUACCAUGGCUGUACAUCUUUGCAGUAUUUACCAUUCUCCGUUUCUUGGCAUGGCUGUUCUUCUCAAUUGUGAAUGACUUGAUUUUUGGGUACAAUAUUACGAUGUGCCUUCUAUGGGCAAUUUUCUGUGCCCUUAACAUAUAUGGCUGGAUCCUGGUCUACUCCCUGUAUCUUGAGUUGUCUGAUCUUACAAAGCUGGAAGAUCUUGCACAUUUACGGAUGGGAACAAUGGCAUCGUUGAAUGCUUCAACAACUCACUCACUGGCUGGAUCCCGACCUACCACCCCACACAGCACUGUGUCUACUGCUCCAGUCAUGUAACACCAUCAUCAUAUUGAUACAUAUACUGUAUUAAAAUAUUAUACUGAAAACCUGUUGACACAUGUAUGUAUAUAUUCGCUGAAAGCUUUUAUUUAAAUGUCUUCGGGUUCUUAAUAUGUAUUGUGGUGUCCAUUCUGACUGAAAAGGAUAUUUAUACGAUACAAACAUUCCUAAACUAUUAAACUUUGGUUUUUAAUUAUUUCUAUUAAGUGUUUUUAAGUUUCAGGGAAAGUGGCAAUGUUGUCUAUUUUGGAAUUUGUAAUUUUAUAUUUGAACUUAUUUUUCUACUGACAUAGUUUAGUGAAGUGUAACUGUUAAUGUGAGUUUUAUAGUUUUAAACUUAUGUGUUAAAAUAGUGUAUGUGCUUUAACUUUGUUCAAGUGAAUGCCAGGUUCCUGUGUAUAAAAAUAGCAUCAACACCCAAAAAAUGCAUUUGGCUGCAAAUAAAAUUCGAGUUUUUUUUUUUAAAUACAAAGUUAUAUGCAGAAAUCUUUGAUUUAAUAUCUAUUUGCUACCAAAUGAGUACUAGCAUCAUAUUUUAAAAACUAUAACAGGUAUUGUAACUUGUUUUAGAUCGAAAGAUUUAUAUAUUUGACUUUAGACAUAUUUAUGUGUGCCUAAUUUAUCUUAAAACUUAAGUUACAGGUAAAUUUGCCAUCAUUUUAAAUUUUAUUGAGUGCUGUCCAUUUAGCACUAGUAUUAAAACUUCCCUUGUGAUAUUCCAGUGAUAUCAAUAUUUUUAUUUUGAUGCUAGUAUAAUUACAAAUAUCGGUCCCAAUUUGUAAAUUGGGUUAAGCUGUUUAUAUAUGAAUAUUUCAUAUUCCCUUCAAAAAGAAAAGCACGUGAAAUGUAUAUUUAUAUAGUUAUAAUGCUUUCAUUUAAAACAAUGUAAAUAAAAUAAUGACAGGCUUGACGUCCAAAAUAAUGCUAAAAUAUAAUAAUGUAACACAUUGAUUACUAUAGUAUUGAAAUAGAAAUAGUGAACAAAAAUCAGUAUUCACUUAAAAUUUAGAGGCAGGUCCAAAAUCGUUUUACUGACUUGAGGCUACAUCUUAUAACUUUAAAACAUACAGUAUUUCAAAAUAUGACAAAUUAAUUAAUACUCUACAUUUUGAAAUAUAUAUUAAAAAACAAACAAACAUUAUUAUAGUGAUGAUGAUUAUAUUCAAAGUAUUCAAAUGUUGUAUAUGGCUGCAAAUAAUAAAAAUAAAAACAAAUCGCUAAGCAUUAGGGUUAAUGAAUUGUAUUCAUAAUUAAAUAUACAAUUAUUGAAACAACAACAAUAUGAAAUUUCAAAAGAAAUAGUAAAGUAUUUCAGUCUUUUCUGCAUGGGCACCCUUGAAAGACUCCUAGUACUUAUACAUUUGGAUUUUCGAGUUAACUACUUUCUUACCUAAACAACCAACACAGUUGUAGAAAAUUAUAUUUUUAAAUUAAAUUUUUUUCCUGAAAUUUAAAUUUAUAUACCUAAUUUUAUGAACAGUUAAUCACAUACUAUUAUUAUUAGGUGUAAAGCCAUUGGAUUUCCCGUGCAUUAAUAUUCAUGAUUUUUGUCAACCAAAUCUAGUUUAUUUCCAUCCAAGUAUAACACAGUAUGUAUUAACAGAAAAUUAGUCAGUUUUCCUUUAAAAUUAGAUAAAUAUAUAACACACACACACACACACACACACACACACAAAUAUCACUUGUUAGUUAUUAUGAAGAGAAAUGCUCUCAGUAUAUAAUCAUAAAGUACAUCUUCUCAAAUGAACUGCAUUUCACUUGAAAGCAAGUCAAACUUCAUAUAUUGCUUCCGAUUUAAACCAGUCAAAUUUGGUCAGAUGAUAAGACCAGCUCAGCUGUAAGCCAAUUGUAAACUACUCCUUUAAUUCCUAUUUUAAAAAUCUUUCCUAACAAAUCAUGUGAUCUACAGUGUCAAAAGCUUUUCUAAUGUACAGACAUAAACCCAGAGUUAACCAUAAUGUAAUUAAUCGAGAAUUGAUGGAAUAGGUAGUCAGUUUUAAAAUUUUGUUUUCCAUAAAUAGGUAACACCAAUUAAUGUAUUUCGUCCACUACAACAUUAUCAUUUAACUGAAUUCACAUGACUGAAUCAACAUUUCUAUAUCUAAAGUAAACGUAUACAAAGAAUAUAGUAUUAUAAACGUACAAUAGAUUUAAACAUUACAUGUAAGAGUUUUGCUAUGAUAUAUUUGCAAAUUAACAACCUUGUGGAAACAUUAUAAAGUUAAUGAGUUCUCAAGCUUAGAAACCUCGUAAAAAUUAAAGAGAUUUUUAAGCAUUCCUUAAAUAGAUUGUAAAUAAAUAGAUGAGGUCAAUAUGUCAUACUUACUUUAUGUGCUGUUUUAUAUUUAGACUUUUUCAUAGCGGCAUGACUAUAAAUUUAAUCUACAUAAAUAACACAGGCCAGUUUCAAGCAAAAUUAUAAUUCUUAAAAUAUGUUACUUUAGUAUUUUUAUGUGGCAAGGUUCACUUAUGUUGUAAUUAUGUGAUGUCACACACAAACUCAAAGGCGGGGUAUGGAUUUAUACAAAAUUAUGUUUAUUUUAAUCUAGAGAAUAUUCAUGGCAAGUUAAUAAAAUUCUGACUUCACAGUUUUACAAUACAGUACUCAAAUUUAAUAAUAAUUAUGAUUCUUUAUGUUAUUUCACUAAUGAUAUAAAUUAUAUAAAUAAAUUCAUUACUGUAAUUCUUUGUAUUGCACAUCAAUGUAUGUUAGUAAAUAUAAAAUGGCUUAUACCUCUCAUUGUAGGUUACAAUCAAAUCAUGCUUUUAAAUUGUCAUGUUAAAAAAUUGCAUGCUUGAUUGAAGCAUACCAUUAAUGUGUAGAAAUUUAAAAUUUGAAAGUAGCAGUUCACAUUUACAUUCCUUUUAUUAACCUGCUUGAUUACAAUUCAGAAGGUUUAGAGUUAAUGUUAAUAACAUUUUUACAGUUGAAACAAAAAGUAGCGUUUGAUUAUUUCUUUGAGUAUUUUUGUUUUGUUUUUUUUUAAGUAAUUUGUGUGUUUCAGUAUUGUUGCAAUACAAAAGGAUAAUUGUGUAUUACCUGAAAGGUAGCACACUGGACCUCAGAAAAUAAUGAUAAAACAAUCAUUAAUGUGGUCUUGUGGACAUUAAAUUUCACAAAUAUUGGGAAAUAUUAGAUGACUACAUACGAAAAGAAUAAAAUGUUUUUUUACUUUCAGAAACUAGGGGUGGGGGAGCAGUAGUACUCCUCUGCUAAAAGGGGGCAGGAGGCCUCUGUCCUCCAGAUUAAAAAAACUAUGUAUAAACUUAUAUAUAUAUAUAUAUAUAUAUAUAUAUAUAUAUAUAUAUAUAUAUAUAUAUGGCAAAAACUUGUAUAAUUGAGAAUAUGUGGCAGACUUAAUUUUUACACUUAAAAUCUAUGGUUUACAGUAGAUAAAAUACUGCAUCUACAUGUGAGAUGUGAAGUAUUGGUAAAACAAGUUGCCUGCAACUUUAACCAGAGUUAUAACAUAUUUUUAAAUAACAUCGUUUUGUGUAAUCACUUGGUUAUCAUCAUUUACGCCAUGAUACAUUGAUAACUUUUUUUGUAUUAAAUAGUAAUAUUCUUUCAUUAAAUAAAAUUCAAGUAAGUAUUUUAUGUUUAAAUUUCAAAACCUCCACUACCACGUCAUUGUUCUACUUACUUAAUAUUUUGUUGGAUAAUAUUCUUUAUUUAAGCAUGUUAACAACUUUAUUGUCUGUGAUCCCACUUAUUUGAAUACCUUCAAAUAAAAACUAUUAUAAGGGAAUGCCUAUUCAUUUAAUUAAUAUAUAAUUAAAAUUGGGUGGUUUAUAUAUAUUUCGUAUUUUUUAUAGAAUUCAAAUCUAUUUACAAGGUUUCCAAAUAGAAUGGAUAUCUAUUCUUGUCAUGCUGUUGUGUAAGUAAACCUUAAAUAUAUUUAUGUAAAUUUGUAUUUUUUAUUAAUUACAUGAUCUUGUUAAUGUUUAUUAUUGUCUUCAAUUAAAUGUGUUAAUUGUUAAUGUAAUUAGAAUAAGAAUUUGCACAAAACUUAUUAUCAUUAGUUCAAUUUUUAGUACAUAUAUACAUUUGAUUAAUAACUGUUUCUCGUACUUUAAUCUGAACAGAAAAGAAAGACUUUUGAAGUCUAUAUAAUAAAAUAUAUUAGAAUUUACAUAAUUGCAUAAAUGUAAUAAUGGUUAAUAGAACUUAAUUACCUCAGAUUAAAAAGAUUACAGUACAUUUUUAGGGACUUUAAUCAUUAUUUGCUAACAUAAUAGACCAAGGACAUAUCAAAGCUUUAUACAAUAAUAUAUAAUACGUUUUAUCUCUCUAAAACUAUGCCUUUAAUGAACUAAACUUUUGUGCCUUUUUCCGUCCAUUUAGUGUAUAGUAGUUAUUUGUAUAUGAAUUACUAUACUUCCAUAUUUAUUGUUAAGAAUAUUUUUUGUACAAAGAAUUUUUUAUUGCACAAUGAUAAAUGUAGUAUUGCACAAAUAAAGUAUUUGAUUAGUA